AUGUCAUCAUCAGCAGUUCGAUCGCGCCUCGCGUCCCGAGGUAUAGGCUCCUCGCCAGCCUUCAGGUUACGCGCCGAAUCAGCCCGCUCGUCCAUCCCCGGAUCGCAACGACAGGCUUCAUCUUCAGCCAGCGGUUCCGUGCAAGCAGGGCGCGCAAAAGCCGUCCUGUAUGGAGGAGCUCUGGCGGCUACUCUAUACGUGGGAUAUCUCUACACCACCGAUACGAGAGCGUUUGUCCAUCGAUACGUCGUCCCACCAUUGCUGCGAGCCGUGUUCCCUGAUGCGGAAGAUGCACAUCAUGCCGGCACCGCUGCCUUGAAGACGCUAUAUGAGUUUGGACUGGGCCCGCGUGAACGGGGAAACUCGUUGCGCACUCCCGAGCUUUCUACGACCGUAUUCGACGCUCAAUUGAACAAUCCGAUUGGAAUUUCGGCCGGACUGGACAAGGAUGGCGAGAUCCCAGAUGCCUUGUUCGCCUUGGGAGCCGGCGUAGUUGAGAUUGGAGGCAUCACACCGCUUCCCCAGGCCGGUAACCCGAAGCCUCGUGUUUUCAGAGUUCCUGCCACGGAUGGCAUGGUAAAUCGCUACGGGUUGAAUUCAAGAGGCGCAGAUGAUGUAGCCAGACGCCUGAGAGACCGGCUCCGUCGAUUUGCACGAUCACUGGGCGUCACGGAGCAGGAAGUGCUAGAUGGUGCUGCUAGCGUCCCCCCGGGCAGUUUACAAGCAGGAAGACUCCUCGCUGUCCAAAUUGCCAAAAACAAGGAAACAGACGAAAAGGACGAACGAGCCAUUGCCAGCGACUAUGUUUACUGCGUUCGCAGACUAGCACGCUACGCCGACGUCUUGGUCGUUAACGUGAGCAGUCCCAACACGCCAGGUCUUCGUGACCUACAAGCCACCGAACCCUUGACGCGACUCCUCUCAGCUGUUGUGGACGAGGCCGCAAAGACGGACAGAAAAUCACGACCCAAGGUCAUGGUCAAAGUGUCCCCUGACGAGGACGAAGACACGCAAAUGGAGGGCAUAGUGCAGGCGGUGCACAGGAGCGGUGUUGACGGCGUUAUUGUUGGAAACACCACCAAAAGACGCAACGGCGUGGUCCCCGAGGGAAUCAGGCUUACGAACAAGGAGCAGCAGGCUCUGAUGGAAACCGGCGGCUACUCUGGACCAGCCAUGUUUGACCGCACCUUGAACCUGGUUGGUCGGUACAGAAAAAUGCUUGACACUCAGCCCAACAGCUCGGACAAGCAGAAAAUUCUCUUUGCUACGGGGGGUAUUACGAACGGGGAACAGGCUUUGAAGGUCCUGAAUGCUGGUGCGAGCGUUGCAAUGGUGUAUACUGGGAUGGUGUAUGGCGGUGCUGGCACUGUGACGAGAAUCAAGGGAGAGAUGACGAGGCAGUUGAAGAGUGAGGAACCUACAAGAUCAUAG